CUAUAUAUAUUCUUCCGAGAUAAUUCCAUAAACUCAUUCACCAUACGAUGGCUCCUCGACCUGACAUCUCCACAAAGCCCCCAGGGCGACUCUACUUUCUCGACGUCGGUAUCUCAACCCCAGAGACCAAUGGACGUCUCCUAACCUGCAAGCCGGACGGGUCCGAUCUCCGGGAGGUGAUCACCCAAAUCAACACCAUGCCGGACGGAAUCGCCAUCGACACGGACCGCCAGCACAUUUACUGGACAAACAUGGGAAUUCCGUCUGCCGACGACGGAUCUAUUCAACGCUGUGAUCUGUCCGGAAACAAUAUUGUGACUAUCAUCCCCAAGGGAUACACGCACACCCCGAAGCAGUUGACCAUUGCCCCACAGUCUCAGAAGCUGUACUGGUCUGAUCGCGAAGGCAAACGGGUCAUGCGGGCGAACAUGGAUGGAAGUGAUAUUGAGGUGCUUUAUCGAGCCACUUCGAGUGACGACUCGUCUAGGCCGGCUGUUUAUGACUGGUGCGUGGGAAUCGCGGUUGACGAGGAGUCCCGGCAGAUCUAUUGGACACAGAAAGGACCGUCGAAGGGGAAUCAAGGCCGGAUAUAUCAGAUGGGUCUCGAGAUUGGACAGGGACAGUCAGCAGAUAAGAGGACAGAUGUUGAGUGUCUUCUGGAUGGUCUCCCGGAGCCAAUUGACCUGGAGUUGGACCACGCUUCGGGCACGCUGUACUGGACGGAUAGAGGGGAUCCGCCUCGGGGCAAUACGGUCAACUCGCUGGUCCUUGCAGACCUCCCUGGCAAGAAGCCGGAGCCGAAGAUUUUGGUGCGUAAGCUCCAUGAAGGGAUCGGGAUUGCUUUGGACUUGAAGAUGGGCCGCAUGUUCUUCGCGGAUCUGGGCGGUUCUUUAUACAGUGCUAACUUGGACGGGUCGUGCAAAAGUACCGUCUUGUCUGAUGUUGGAGGUGCUAUCACUGGGGUGGCAUAUGUUGAAGAAUAGAUGAUUAUGCAAUGGAAUAGACUAAUUACACUGUUCGUGGAGGUUCCUGGGCAGACAAUGGAG